AUGACUUUCUAGCAUGAUCGUCUCAUGAAUUGCUUGAUGGAUCUUCAUCAUUAUAAAGGUUUCUCUUUAUUUAAAAAUAUUAAAACCGCUAAACAAUGGAUCUUCGUCAAAUUUAAAAUAGUCUGUAGAACUCUUAUAAAAUCCUCUAUUAAAUUUCUUCAAAUAGGGGUACUUUGCCCUUUAUGGCAACCACUUUAGCUAUAAAUAGAAAUACCAAGUUUGUGGUAGAUCUUCAUCAGAUUUGGCCUGUAGCAUCCUAGUAAGGACCUCUAACAUUUGUUCACAUUUUUAUAACUGAACCUAGUUGUUCCGUGUGUCAUACAUAUACUCAAAGUCAAAUAGUCAAUAUCAGGUAAGUGACUUGGGCCACUAAUGCCCUUUUGUUUACUAAAUAUAGACCAUAAAUAAAAUUUUAAUGAAUUAUAGCACUUUCAUAGUGCAGGUAUUCACUUAUAACCUGAAUUAACUUCAAAAGAGAUUUUUUAAAGAAAUGUAGGUAAUGGGGGAGAUUAGGUAGUUAGGGAAUAUAUGGUAGUAACAGAACUAAAUAAUUAGGAAACAGAGACUGAAACAUAAUUAGAAAACAUAAUAAAACUGCAUUAGCAAAAUGAUACACUUGAAGUUAUAUUUAACAUUUUCAGUGACGAUCAUCAGUGGAGUGUUGAUGUUUGUAUUGUUCAUUUCGGAACUGAACUACUACCUGACGAAGGAGGUCCAACCGGAACUGUUUGUAGAUAUUUCUCGAGGGAAUAUCAAGAUGAAGAUCAAUCUGAAUGUGACAUUCCAUAAUAUGCCAUGUGCUUUUCUGAGUAUAGAUGCAAUGGACGUGUCAGGGGAGAAUCAAAUUGACGUUGAUCAUAAUUUAUUCAAACAACGACUGAAGCUCAGUGGAGAGCGUGUGGAAGACGAACCUGAAAAACAAGAUUUAGGAGACAAAUCAGAGGAGAUAGUUGAGGCAGUGAAGCAAAAACUAGACCCAGACAGAUGUGAAAGUUGUUAUGGUGCUGAAACAGAGGAUAAAAAAUGUUGUAAUACAUGUGAAGAAGUAAGAGACCAGUACAGGAAGAAAGGUUGGGCGUUUAAGGAGAGUGAUGCUAUAGAACAAUGUAAACGGGAAGGCUGGUCAGAUAAAAUCAAGGCUCAGCAAAAUGAAGGGUGUAAUGUGUAUGGUUAUAUUGAAGUUAACAAGGUUGGAGGAAAUUUCCAUAUGGCUCCUGGAAAAAGUUUUCAACAGCAUCAUGUUCAUGUUCAUGACCUACAAGCAUUGGGAGGAGCCAAGUACAACACCACACAUACCAUACACCAUCUGUCAUUUGGAGAAGAAUAUCCUGGUAAAGUCAAUCCACUAGAUGGUCUUGUUCAGGUUGACGAUACAACUCAGAUGAUGUUCCAAUACUUUAUCAAGAUUGUACCAACAACAUAUACCAGUGUUGAUGGCAUGACUGUUGCUACAAAUCAGUUUUCUGCUACAAAACAUUCCAAGGUGAUCGGUAUACUUGGUGACUCAGGUUUGCCAGGAAUGUUUGUUACAUAUGAACUAUCACCAAUGAUGGUUAAAUAUACAGAGAAAAGAAGAUCUUUCAUGCAUUUUCUCACAGGGGUGUGUGCAAUUAUAGGGGGAAUAUUUACAGUUGCUGGGCUAAUAGAUUCCAUGAUAUACCAUUCAGCGCGAGCAUUACAGAAGAAAAUAGAAUUAGGAAAAGCAACCUGAUAGGACAUUACAAGAUUAUAGCCAUAUUGAACUGUUAUUUAUCUAGGUCAUGUUACAAAAUCAAUUUAAAAUGGAGUUUCCUUGCCUUAAUACAUGCAGGGCCUACUGUUGAUUGGGUAAAUUUUGCUUACUUUUAUUUAGCAAUUUGAUAGACAACAUCUGAGUUGUUCAGAAUUAUGGAUUCACAGUUGUUAUUUGUAUGGAGUGGGGAGAGAGGGGGGUUAUAUUUGUGUGUCACUCUGUUCUCAAGUAUUAGUGGAAAUAAAACAUAGCAAAAAAUACCCAGUCCACAGGAAUAAGGUACUGUGAAAUUUAGUCAGUUAUGAAGAAUACAGCGUGAAUGUUUUGUUAUAUAUAUGACAGGAUAGUAUUUGACGAUUGUACACAAAGUAAACACCUAUGGUGUGCCUUCAGUGGUUAUUAGCAUGACUAGAUCUAUAUUUUCACGAUGGUAAUAUCCAGGAUGGAAUGCUAGUAACCACAUAAGGUGCGUCAUUGCUGUUUUUUUUUAUACACAAAUGCAAUAACAAGUACUCAAAAAUUUAAGUUGUUUAAUCAUAUGAAAUGUUGAUGUUUCACAAACAAUAGAUUAAAGUUUACUGCUGUACUGCCAAAGUAGUGAUAGAAAGUAACAGGUCAGGUUUUUGAAUAUCUAACCAUUCACCAAAAUCAUUGUUGGAGUGAAAGUCUGAAACCAUUGUAGCUAUACAUUGUUAAGAGGCUGAGUUCUCAAUAAAUGUUCAGUAAAUCUCUAUUUAAACCAUUAAACGACUACUUUAAAUAUAUUAUUAUAGGAUGUAUUAAUAAAGUGUCUUGCUAUACAAUGUAUGUAAAUGUUGAUGGUUUUGAAAAAUAUUAUGUUUUAUUAUGAUGAGUAAAUGUUAAAAUUUUAUUAAAAUUGUAAUGUUAAAAUGUUUGUAUACCACAAACAUGAAAUACAUAAUUAAGAAUUAUAGUAUGUUUGUGUCUGUUAAAACAAUCUUUUGGUAGAAUGAUGUCACAUUAACAUGCGUUGACGUCAAAGUUUUUGUUGCGGCCAAGAAAGAGCGCUUCUGUAUUUUAUCUACUGUUUUAGAUUAAGGGCAUAUUAGAAUUGAAAUAAUUUAUAGCACAACUGUGUUUAAGGUAUUAGGCCCAUAAUAGAGUACCUCCUUUUUGAAGAGUAUUCAGUUCCUACUAUAAACCUACUUUGACAGCAAUUUUCAGGGGGGCGUAGGUUCAAGCCCUACUGGGACCCAAAUUUUUUUUUCUUAUUUUCCUUUUUUUCUAGUAAGUUUUUACUUCUUUCAAGACUUGUUAUUGAUUUAUUGUACAAAAGAGGAAAAAAAUAAUUUGAUAUGCGAUUUCUUGCUGUUCAAAGUGAAUUUACCUCUAAAACAGAAGGGGUAGAGUUAGAUAUCUUUAAAAAUACUGAGUUACAUGCGGUAAAAGUUCUCUAUUUUGCUUUCAUUCUUUAGAUUACAUAUUGUGGAAGAAAUGUAGGUAGGUUUUACUUCUGCCCCAAGGUUAUUUUUGAAUGAAGUGAGCAAAAUUCAAAACAGACCCGCAGGAUUCGAUCAUAAUUUUUCAAUAUUGGAGUUUGAAUUCUGUCUGAUUAAAUCCGUUUACUCGAGGCACCCUAGAAAAAAUGAUAUUGACAGUUUUUAGCUCACCUGUAACAAAGUGACAAGGUGAGCUAUUGUGAUCGCGCGGCGUCCGUCGUCCGUCCGUCCGUGCGUGCGUGCGUCCGUAAACUUUUGCUUGUGACCACUCUAGAGGUCACAUUUUUCAUGGGAUCUUUAUGAAAGUUGGUCAGAAUGUUCACCUUGAUGAUAUCUAGGUCAAGUUCGAAACUGGGUCACGUGCCAUCAAAAACUAGGUCAGUAGGUCUAAAAAUAGAAAAACCUUUUGACCUCUCUAGAAGCCAUAUAUUUCACAAGAUCUUCAUGAAAAUUGGUCAGAAUGUUCAGCUUGAUGAUAUCUAGGUCAGGUUCGAAACUGGGUCACGUGGGGUCAAAAACUAGGUCAGUAGGUCUAAAAAUAGAAAAACCUUGUGACCUCUCUAGAGGCCAUAUUUAUCAUGAGAUCUUCAUGAAUAUUGGUCAGAAUGUUCACCUUGAUGAUAUCUAGGUCAAGUUCGAAACUGGGUCACGUGGGGUCAAAAACUAGGUUAUUAGGUCUAAAAAUAGAAAAAGCUUGUGACCUCUCUAGAGGCCAUAUUUCUCAAUGGAUCUUCAUGAAAAUUGGUCAGAAUGUUCAGCUUGAUGAUAUCUAGGUCAAGUUCGAAACUGGGUCACGUGCCAUCAAAAACUAGGUCAGUAGAUCUAAAAAUAGAAAAACCUUGUGACCUCUCUAGAGGCCAUAUUUUUCAUGAGAUCCUCAUGAAUAUUGGUCAGAAUGUUCACCUUGAUGAUAUCUAGGUCAAAUUCGAUACUGGGUCAUGUGGGAUCAAAAACUAGGUCAGUAGGUCUAAAAAUAGAAAAACCUUGUGACCUCUCUAGAGGCCAUAUUUCUCAAUGGAUCUUCAUGAAAAUUGGUUAGAAUGUUCACCUUGAUGAUAUCUAGGUCAAGUUCGAAACUGGGUCACGUGCGGUCAAAAACUAGGUCAGUAGGUCUAAAAAUAGAAAAACCUUGUGACCUCUCUAGAGGCCAUAUUUUUCAAUGGAUCUUCAUGAAAAUUGGUCAGAAUGUUUACCUUGAUGAUAUCUAGAUCAAAUUCGAAACUGGGUCACGUGGGGUUAAAAACUAGGUCAGUAGAUCUAAAAAUAGAAAAACCUUGUGACCUCUCUAGAGGCCAUAUUUUUCAUGAGAUCUUCAUGAAUAUUGGUCAGAAUGUUCACCUUGAUGAUAUCUAGGUCAAAUUCGAUACUGGGUCAUGUGGGAUCAAAAACUAGGUCAGUAGGUCUAAAAAUAGAAAAACCUUGUGACCUCUCUAGAGGCCAUAUUUCUCAAUGGAUCUUCAUGAAAAUUGGUUAGAAUGUUCACCUUGAUGAUAUCUAGGUCAAGUUCGAAACUGGGUCAUGUGCGGUCAAAAACUAGGUCAGUAGGUCAAAAAAUAGAAAAAACUUGUGACCUCUCUAGAGGCCAUAUUUUUCAAUGGAUCUUCAUGAAAAUUGGUCAGAAUGUUUACCUUGAUGAUAUCUAGAUCAAAUUCGAAACUGGGUCACGUGGGGUUAAAAACUAGGUCAGUAGAUCUAAAAAUAGAAAAACCUUGUGACCUCUCUAGAGGCCAUAUUUUUCAUGAGAUCUUCAUGAAUAUUGGUCAGAAUGUUCACCUUGAUGAUAUCUAGGUCAGGUUCGAAACUGGGUCACGUGGGGUCAAAAACUAGGUCAGUAGGUCUAAAAAUAGAAAAACCUUGUGACCUCUCUAGAGGCCAUAUUUCUCAAUGGAUCUUCAUGAAAAUUGGUGAGAAUGUUCAGCUUGAUGAUAUCUAGGUCAGGUUCGUAACUGGGUCAUGUGCGGUCAAAAACUAGGUCAGUAGGUCGAAAAAUAGAAAAACGUUGUGACCUCUCUAGAGGCCAUAUUUUUCACGAGAUCUUCAUGAAAAUUGGUGAGAAUGUUCACCUUGAUGAUAUCUAGGUCAAAUUUAAAAGUGGGUCACGUGCCUUCAAAAACUAGGUCAUUAGGUCAAAUAAUAGAAAAACCUUGUGACCUCUCUAGAGGCCAUAUUUAUCAAUGGAUCUUCAUGAAAAUUGGUCAGAAUUUUUUAUCUUGAUGAUAUCUAGGUCACAUGUGCUCAAAAACUAGGUCACUAUGUCAAAUAAUAGAAAUAACGACGUCAUACUCAGUUCAACACUGGGUCAUGUGGGGAUAGGUGAGCGAUUCAGGACCAUCAUGGUCCUCUUGUUAUUUUAAGUGUUAUGAUUGUUUACCAAUAGUUUGAUGUUUCUUUCAUAAAAAAUAAUGGAAUAAUGAAUUCUCUGAAAACGUUUUAGAUAAAGGCCACCACUUUGAAAUUUGUCUCAUCUUGAGCUUUAGGAAAUACCAUAAAUUACACAAAAUUUAUAAAAAACGGCACGGUAAAAGUUUUUAAAAAUUUGCAUAUAAGUGCGAAGCACGGUCAACUGUAAGAAUAUACCAAGCAAAUGCCAUUUUUUAGCUCGACUAUUCAUAGAAUAGUGAGCUAUUGCACUCGCCCAUGCGUCGGCGUCAGCGUGGGCGUCUGCGUCCCGAUUUUGGUUAAGGUUUUGUAUGUAAGCUGGUAUCUCAGUAACCACUUGUGGGAAUGGAUUGAAACUUCACACACUUAUUCACUGUGACAAACUGACUUACAUUGCACAGGUUCCAUAACUCUAUUUUGCUUUUUUACAAAAUUAUGCCCCUUUUUCGACUUAGAAAUUUUUGGUUAAGGUUUUGUAUGUAAGCUGGUAACUCAGUAACCACUUGUGGGAAUGGAUUGAAACUUCACACACUUAUUCACUGUGAUGAACUGAUCUACAUUGCACAGGUUCCAUAACUCUAUUUUGCUUUUUUACAAAAUUAUGCCCCUUUUUCGACUUAGAAAUUUUUGGUUAAGGUUUUGUAUGUAAGCUGGUAUCUCAGUAACCACUUGUGGGAAUGGAUUGAAACUUCACACACUUAUUCACUGUGACAAACUGACUUACAUUGCACAGGUUCCAUAACUCUAUUUUGCUUUUUUACAAAAUUAUGCCCCUUUUUCGACUUAGAAAUUUUUGGUUAAGGUUUUGUAUGUAAGCUGGUAACUCAGUAACCACUUGUGGGAAUGGAUUGAAACUUCACACACUUAUUCACUGUGAUGAACUGAUCUACAUUGCACAGGUUCCAUAACUCUAUUUUGCUUUUUUACAAAAUUAUGCCCCUUUUUCGACUUAGAAAUUUUUGGUUAAGGUUUUGUAUGUAAGCUGGUAACUCAGUAACCACUUGUGGGAAUGGAUUGAAACUUCACACACUUAUUCACUGUGAUGAACUGAUCUACAUUGCACAGGUUCCAUAACUCUAUUUUGCUUUUUUACAAAAUUAUGCCCCUUUUUCGACUUAGAAAUUUUUGGUUAAGGUUUUGUAUGUAAGCUGGUAUCUCAGUACUUACUAACGGGAAUGGAUUGAAACUUCACAUACUUGUUCACUAUCAUGAUCUGAUAUGCACUAAGCAAGUCCCAUAACUCUACUCUCUUUUUUUUCAAAAUUAUGCCCCUUUUUCGACUUAGCAGUUUUUGGUUAAAUUUUUGUAUGUAAUCUGAUAUCUCAGUAUCCACUAAUUGGAAUGGAUUGAAACUUCACACACUUGUUCACUGUCAUGAUCUAACAUGCACUGUGAAGGUCCCAUAACUCUACUUGGCAUUUUUACAAAAUUAUGCCCCUUUGACUUAGCAGUUUUUUGUUAAGUUUUUGUAUGUAAGCUGGUAUCUCAGUAUCCACAAAUUGGAAAGGAUUGAAACUUCACACACUUGUUCACUGUCAUGAUAUGACAUGCAGUACAGAGGUUCAAUACCUCUACUUUGCAUUUUACAAAGUUAUGCCCCUUUUUCAACUUUUGUAUUCAUUCAAUUGACAAGGCUGUUGAAUAGUCGAGCGUUGCUGUCCUCCGACAGCUCUUGUUAAACAUUGCUAUUAGGGGCCUAAUACCUUAAACACUAUUUAUACGCUAGGGUGGUAAUACAUCGUACAAAUAAUUUCACUUGGGCUGCACCCUUGUGAAAUUAUCACACCAAACCGCCCAUCAUGCAUUAAUAGUGUUAAAGCACUCUUUUGCUCUAAAUUAUUUCUUAAAUAAUGUAUAGAAAAAACGUAUUUAACUUUAUUUGUAUACAAGAAAAGAGGGAUAAUUUCACGAGAUUCUGAGUGUAUUAAUUGAAGUAAAACAGGAGUUUGCUAUACUUAUUUUGAUUCUAAUAGUAAUAUGCUUUUAUCUAAAACAGAAGAUGAAAUAUAGUAGUGCUCUUCCUUGGUCGCAACAUAGUCAUUGUCUGUAAACUUGACGUCAUUUUUGUGUAAGUGGCUUUAACAGAUACUAGUAGAAUAUAUUAAAUUUUUGUUAAGAAGCUAUCCAUUGUAUAUGAUACAUGCACUUGCUUGAAAUAUGUUGAAGUAUAUUACUUGAAAUUUGUAAAUAUUGACUGAACUGAGACACUGUGAUAUUUUAGCAUUUUCUAACCAGACAUGGUAAUACCCCCGAGUUGAGUGUAGGAAAAAAAAUGUUUUUUUCAUUUAGUUUAGUUCCUUUACGGUAGUAGGUAAUGUUUUACUUGAAUAGUUUAUGAGAUUUUCAUAUUUUUACAUACGAAACAUCGGGGCAACUCUAAAGUGUCACCAGAAUGUUAAUCAAAUCAAAAGUCAAUGCUGUAUGUUACAGAUAUUUUGUUGUACGUAACUCAGACUUUUACAUUGAUAAAAGGGACCACGGAGCAACUCAUUUAUUUACAUAAUUUUUUUUCUCUUUAUUGUAAUUACAGUUUUAUAAUUAUUAUUUCUUAUACCAUUUAUCACUUAUCCCCCCGAGUAUGUAGGUAAAUGAAAAAUAUGAAUGUAUUUAGUUUACCAGCCAUCAUCAAUAAACUUCAAACUGUAUUUUUAAUCUAUGCAAACUGUGUAGUUACUGUAUGUACAUGUACUUUUUUGUAUUUAAGAGUUAUUGUUUAAGGUGGGAGUUUUAAGUUCUGUUUUAACCUCUUUUCUAACAUGGCUUGAUAAACACAGGAAGUAAAGCAUUGUAUAUUAUGCAGUAAACAAUGGUUGACAUGCGGACCAAAGAGAGAAUAAUAAUAUGUUGUCAAAUUGCCACACAAUGUACAGUUCAUUACUGUAUUAUUCAGAGGCUUUUAUAUUUAGCAACCCUGGUUGACGUCCUAGUAAAUUAGCUGAUAAACCACACAAAAGCCUUUGUUAUUUAAUGAUUAACACAUUCAAAUAUCAUGUAAUAUUUUAUUGUCUGGUGAGAUUUGUUUAACAACCAAAGGAAGCCGAGAUGUUUCUUUAAAGCCAGUAAGUGUCACAUGUGGAGGUCAAAGUAUACAAGAAUGAAAACUUUUUCUGAACCAUAUCUUCUUCAUGCAUGGAGGGUUUUUGAUGUUACUUGGCACAAUUGUACACCAUCAUGAGACGGAGUGUCAUGCGCAGGCCCAUCCUUUAGAAUUACUUCCCUUUGUUGUUACUAUAAAUAACUUAUAUUGCAACUUUUUCAUAACUAGUCGUAGGGAAAAAUCAAGACCACUUUUCUGUAGUACAACAUGCAUAUUACAUCCAAUGUUGAGGUGUAUUUUGACCUAUCUUUACCCAGUAAGGAUUUUUAUGUGGACUUGCAAAAAUUUUUUGCAAUAUUUUUUUUUUUUUUUAGCUUCCCUUAGUUGUUUCUAAAAAUAACCUAUAUUGUAACUUUUAAAUAAUUGACCAUAGGAAAAAACCAAGACCACUUUUCUGUGGUACAACAUAGAUGUUACUUUCAAAUCUUAGGUGUAUUUUAAGGUAUCUCUACUUGGUAAGGAGUUUUUUGUGGUCUUAGAAAAACAAAAGAAUGACAGUAAUUACUAAACAAUCACAAAAUUUAGAUUCCAUUUGCAAAUACAGGUGCUAUUUGCUGCAACGGGCGUAUAUUCUGACAGUCUUGCACUCUUGUUUCCAAUGUUGAUAUUCAUUUCUUGUGAACAACCUUUGUAUCCAAAAAGGUGCAAUCUGGUUAUUAUAAGAAACUAACUCAAAGGUAUAACAAAGCCAUAGUCUUGUAAAGCCACGUUAGAAGUCGAAGAAGUUAGCAUAUUUCAUUGGGUAUUCAGGAGUUAGUUGUGGCAUACAUUUUGCUAACCAAAUGCACAAAUUUUAAUAUUUUUGACUGAUGUUAAGCAUUAUGAUUUGAGAAAUCCAGAAAGCAACAUUAUUUGUGUCAUUUUGUAAAUGAGUAUUAUUCUCAUAUGUAUAUUCUUUUUUUUUCUAUUUAAAAACUUUUUCAUUGGUGACAGCUUGCAGUGUACAUACACAAAAACUCUGGGUCCAUGUUCUUCAGCAUUUCAAGCAAGAAAAUUAAAGACUUAGGAAUUGCUACUUUAUAUUUUUUAGAUGAAAUUUGGCUGAACUGUAGGAAGCUGCAGAAUUGACAUUGAUGCAGUUUCAUUGCAGUAUUUACUAACUAAGUCAGCAGUGAGAGAAUAUAAUAUAAAUUGAGCAUUUUCAAGUCUUUAAGUUUCAGAAAUAUUGGCCCACUAGACUCAGUGAAAUACAUUCUCAAUUUUUUUUAAAAUUCAAUUGAUGGCCAAGUUUGCAUCCAUACGUUAAUAUAAGGUACAGAAUCAUGCAUUUUUCUGAAACUUUACUUUUCAUGUCGGUUUUAUUUAGCAGUUUAAAAGCAGGGGUACAACAAACUUCCUUCUAUACCGUUAUUAGUGGAGGCCUGAAGUGCCCAACAUUACAGAUUGACAAACUAUCCAUUGAGGCCAUUAUUGAAACCACAAUUUGUACAAAGAAAUAUGAAUGGGUGUUUUGUUAUAUUGUAUCGUUAACAUGAAAUGAAUUGUGGGCCUCAGAAGUUUUUAUUGUCUACAAACCUUAAAGUUUUCUUUUACGUCCAGACAUCAGGAAAUCUUGUAGAAUUACUACACUAGCUUUAUAGCUUUAAGUCAGUUUUGCCAGAAAAAAUAGAACAGUCACACAUUAACCUUGUCAAAACUAUAAACCUGGAACUGCUGCAUUUACUUCUUUUUUAAAGUUUUUUUUUCUUCUGAAAUUUGAUUGCUUCAAUAUUGUUGUAAACAGUCAUGUGUUUGCUUUAAAACAUUUUUUGUUAAGAAAAUAAAUAUAGGAAUAUAUAAAGCAGG